ACUGCUCAACAGUGUUUGGGCUGAAGCUUAGCUAACACGCUAACACUGACUAAGAAACUAAUAAAACACGCGGAUUUCUCUCAGUAAAAGUUUUGACAACUCCGGGAUUUUGAUUAAAAUCCUCCCUGAGAUGACGGGCGAGCCGGGGGAAGGUUGGGAUGAAGGUGGAAGUUCAGGUAUCAUCCUGUAAACCCUGUCAUCAUUAGCAUGAGAGAGGAGCGCGUCCGUCAACUCAGGGUCAAGUGGUGAGAUUUUCGGCGGACGUUGGGCUUCGUGUCCAGACAGAGGAAGGUCAAAUAUCACGUGUCCUCACUCCUCCUCCUCCUCCUUCUCAGGGAGAGAUGAGCAGCGGCCCAGUGGCUGAGAGCUGGUGCUACACACAGGUGAAAGUAGUAAAAUUCUCCUACAUGUGGACCAUUAAUAACUUCAGCUUCUGUCGAGAGGAAAUGGGUGAAGUACUGAAAAGCUCCACCUUCUCUUCAGGGCCCAGUGACAAGAUGAAAUGGUGCCUCAGAGUAAACCCAAAAGGACUUGAUGAUGAAAGUAAAGACUACCUGUCACUCUAUCUCCUCCUGGUCAGUUGUCCAAAAAGUGAAGUGCGUGCGAAGUUUAAGUUUUCUCUACUCAACGCUAAACGAGAGGAGACCAAAGCUAUGGAAAGCCAAAGAGCCUAUCGAUUCGUCCAGGGCAAAGACUGGGGCUUCAAGAAGUUCAUUAGGAGAGAUUUUCUUCUCGACGAAGCGAAUGGUCUCCUUCCAGACGACAAACUCACUCUGUUCUGUGAGGUGAGUGUAGUGCAGGACUCCGUAAAUAUCUCAGGUCAAUCGAACACAAACGUACUGAAAGUCCCCGAGUGCCGGCUCUCAGACGAUUUGGGGAAUCUGUGGGAGUGUUCACGCUUCACCGACUGCACACUGUGUGUCCGAGGGCAGGAGUUCAAAGCGCACAAAUCCAUCCUGGCAGCGAGAUCGCCAGUUUUUAACGCCAUGUUUGAGCACGAGAUGGAGGAGAGCAAGAAGAACCGGGUGGACAUCAGCGACAUCGAACCAGACGUCUUUAAAGAAAUGAUGGGGUUUAUAUACAUGGGGAAAGCGCCGAAUCUGGAGAAAAUGGCAGACAGUUUGUUGGCAGUGGCUGAUAAAUACGCUCUGGAGCGUUUAAAGGUGAUGUGCGAGGAGUCCCUGUGCAGCAGCCUGUGCGUGGAGAACGUAGCCGACACCCUCGUCCUCGCCGACCUGCACAGCGCCGAACAGCUCAAAGCUCAAGCCAUCGAUUUUAUCAACAGGUGCAGCGUCCUCCGACAGCUCGGGUGCAAGGAUGGAAAAUACUGGAAUAGCAACCACGCCGCAGAUAUAAUGGAGACUCCGGGGUGGAAGGCAAUGAUCCAGUCUCAUCCGCACUUAGUGGCCGAGGCUUUCCGCGCGCUGGCCUCGGCUCAGGUCCCCCCCUUCGGCCCGCCCAGGAAGAGGCUCAAACAGUCCUGAUCUCUCUCUCCAUCUCUCUCUCACACACUCUGAGACAUCGCUUUCAUCUUCAGUAACACACUCACUUUUUUUCGUCAUCCUCUUUACCAUUAUCAUUCUCUUUUCCUCUUUCUUUUUUUUUCAUUCACACACACUUUUCUUUUCUACCUUUUUUCUCUUCGUUGUUGUCUGUUAGCAUUCCUUUCUCCACCCUCUCUAUCUC